CAUCUCCCACCGACCCUAGCCAUGUUGAGCAUCGCCGCGACCUCCCUGCCCGCCUUCACGGCUCCGCUGCUGCCGCAUGCCACGCGCGUCGCCGCGCCGGUGAUGAAGGCGGAGGGCGAGAUCGGCGUGACGCCGCCGCUGGGCGUGUGGGACCCGCUGGGCUGCCUCGCGGAGCCGGUGGACUACCCGCGCCGCGACUACCGCCGCUACGUGGAGCUCGAGAUCAAGCAUGGCCGCAUCGCGAUGCUCGCGACCGUCGGCGUCCUCACCACUGAGGCCGGCUUCCGCUGGCCCGGCUACCUCUCCAAGUCGCUGGACCUCAAGUUCGCCGACCUGCCGGGCGGCUGCUUUGACUCGUACAACGCGGUGCCGGCGCUCGGCUGGCUGCAGAUCGUCGGCUUCGUCAUCUUCCUCGAGCUUGCCUACGGCGCCACGGACCCGUCCAAGGAGCCGGGCGACGUGGGCGGCAUCUCGUGGGUGCGGUACGACGACCCCGAGACCAAGAAGUUCAAGCUCAAUGCGGAGCGCAACAACGGCCGCGCCGCCAUGAUGGGCAUCACGGGCAUGAUGAUCCACAAUGCGCUCGGCGUGGACGCGCUGUUCCCGAUCGUGCAGUGAGCAUCAGGCUCUCCACCAGCCGAACUUUGCUUGGCCACCUCCUGUGUCCCACGCUGCCCCCAACGGCGCCCGGCGCGUCGCGCGCGCUUUGCGCGUGCGCUUCCGCUUUCGCCGGCGACGCCGCGACGCCUUUUCCGCUAUUGUUGGACGCGCACGGGGGGGCCGUGACAGCCUGCGGAAGUGGCCACACAGUGUUGCGUUGUGGUCUCUUUUCUCUCGUCCUUUUUUAGAUGUCGACAUUUUGCA